AUGGCAUCCUCCAUCCCAGCAACAAUGAAGGCCGUCCAGAUCGCCAAAAACGGCGGCCCCGAAGUCCUCGAGCUCAACGAGGUCCCCGUGCCCGUCCCCACCACCGGCCAGGUCCUGGUCAAGAACCACUUCGCCGGCGUCAACUACAUCGACACCUACUUCCGCACCGGCCUCUACCCGGCGCCCUCCUUCCCCCUGACCAUGGGCCGCGAGGCCUCGGGCGAGGUCGUCGCGGCCCACGACUCCGUGGCCGGCAAGUUCGCGCCCGGCGCCCGCGUGGCCUACAUGGCCGGCGCCCCGUCCGCGACGUACGCCGAGUACACCGCCGUGGACGCCGACAAGGUCGUCCUCGUCCCCGAGGGCCUGUCCGACGAGGAGGCCGCGGCCAUCUUCCUGCAGGGCCUCACGGCGUGGACCUUCAUCCGCGAGGCCGGCGAGGUCAAGCCCGGCCAGUGGACGCUGGUGCAUGCCGCCGCGGGAGGCGUGGGCACGCUGCUGGUGCAGAUGCUGCGCAGCGUCGGGGCCAAGAUUGUCGCCACGGCGAGCACGGACGAGAAGCUUGCGCUGGCCAAGAAGUACGGCGCCGACUACCUGGUCAACUCAAACGAUGACAUCGUGGCCAGGGUCAAGGAGAUUACGGGGGGCCACGGGAUUGAUGUUAUUUUUGACGGCGUCGGCAAGGCGACGUUUGAUGCGGAUCUGCAGAUGCUUGCGCUCAAGGGCCAUCUCAUUUCCUUUGGCAACGCGUCGGGACCCGUGUCCCCUGUCAACAUCCUGCAGCUGGGCCCCAAAAACAUCCGCCUCAUGAGGCCCAUUGUCAAUGGCUACGUCGCUGAAAGAGCAGACCUUGAGAGGUACACGUCUGAGCUCUUCGACCUUGUCCUCUCCAAGAAGGUCGAGGUCAAGAUCCACAAGAUUUACUCUCUCAAGGACGCUGCUCAGGCGCACAUUGACCUGGAAAGCAGGAAGACGACGGGCAAGCUGUUGCUCAAGAUUGACUAG